GUUGGAUGUGUGGGCAUACUAGGAAGGACCGCGUGAGGAAUGAGACAAUCAGACAAAGGGUGGGAGUAGCACCUAUUGAAGACAAGAUGCGGGAGUCGCGCCUACGGUGGUUUGGUCAUGUGCGUAGAAGACCGAGUGAUGCACCUGUUAGGCGAGUUGAGAUGUGUGGAGAAGAGGCAGGGAAGAGAGGGAGAGGAAGACCCAAACAGACGUGGGUUAGGGGAGUUCGAAGUGAUAUGCUUCUUCUGGGGUUGGAUGUAGGCAUGACUUUGGAGAGAACUAAGUGGAGGGCGGGUAUUCACGUGAAGGAGUGAUCUUGAUAAUCUUUUUCCCUCAUCUCUUUUUUUUCCCUACUUUUUUUUAUCCUUAUAUAUAUAAGCAUUAUUUGCAGCCUUUUUAUUUUAUCAUUUUUAUAUAUAUUCAUCUUUUUUUAUAUUAUCUUUUCAUAAUAGCUUAUCUUUUUAUCUUUAUUCCUUCUUUUCCUUUUGGUUGUGAUAUCAUGUAUCGAUUCAUGUUAGCCGACCCCGAUAUCUUUUGGGACUAAGGCUUGGAUGUUGUUGUUGUUGUUGUUGUUGUAUUUUAUCCAUAGACACUUUUUUUAUUCCAUUUUCUAUCCUUUUAUUCUAAUUUCCUUCCCAAAUACAUUUUUAUGUGAUUUUCUUUUUUUCCCGUAUUUUUAUUUCGUUUCUCUUUUUAUGUUUCUCUUUUUAGUGAUUCUCUUUUUAUUAAAAAUCUUUUUCUCAUUCUACUUUUUGUUAUACAUUCU